UGGAGAGGUUUUUCGAGCGUAUGGUCAAGUUCAACCUGAAACUGGCACCCAAGAAGACGAAACUGGGGGUGAAGGUGGUGCCGUUCUUGGGGCAUCAAGCCACGGCGGAAGGGAUCGGGCCGGACCCGGGAAAGGUCAGACCGCUGCGUGAAGUGCCAAUGCCCACUAAUGUUAGCCAGCUACGAUCGUUGUUGGGGUCUUUGUCGUACUAUCGGAAGUUCCUGAAGAACAUGUCGGCAAAAUUGAAACCGAUCAAUGCAAUGCUGAAAAAGGGAGAGAAGUUUGCGUUCACGGCUGAUCAUGUGGCGGUGGUAAGGAAGAUGAUGGAUAUUCUGUCUGGUCCUACGGUCUUGGCAUUUCCGUGUUAUGAGGGUGCGAUAUCGGGAGAGCGGCCGUUUCGGCUAACCGCUGAUGCGUCGAUUUCGGGCUUGGGAGCCGUAAUUGAGCAAGAGCAACGAGAUGGGAGUAUUAGACCGCUAUGCUUUUUGAGCCGAUCCACAUUCCCGAAUGAAACCAGAUGGAGUCCGACUAAGCUUGAAGCGGGUGCGAUAGUGUGGGCGAUUAAGCAGAAUCGAACACUAUUUUAUGGCAUCCCCUUUGAGGUGUACAGUGACCAUCAGCCCUUGCGAAAUUUGGGGAGUUUGGCAGAGAAAAACAAUCGCGUACAGAGGUGGUAUGACUUCCUGUCAGCGUACACGUAUGAACUGAAGUAUCGACCAGGGCGAGAGAAUGCAAAUGCCGAUUUGAUGUCACGGUUGCCAUUGCCUGCGACGAAAGAGGAUGAGGCACCAGAUGUCAGGCUGACUGAUCCGUCUGAUCUCGAUGUUUACAUGAUAGGUGCGAGCGGGGUGAUACCUUCGCGAUUGGGUCCGGUGUAUACCGAGCGAGAGGCGCUCGCUGGGUCGAACCAUCGCGAUGAUUUUGUGGUGGGGGAAGGUGGCUGUACAUCGGCAAGCCUCACUACGGACGAACUGGCAGACAAGACGUGGGCGCUGAUCCAAAGGGGAAAGGACGUGUCCAACCCUUUGCCUGAUGGUGCGUGUGUGCCUGAUGACACCCGGGGAAGGGGUUCCGGGGGCAGGGGUCCGGCAGCACCUCCGUUGCCUCAAAUUCCGUUGCAAGAGUAUGAUGAAGAACAGACGCAAGCGGCAAUUGAAUUUGGGGAAAAAUUAUGUGAUAAGACGGCUAGUGACUGGGCAGAUAUUCAGGAAGAAGACGACACGGCGCGAUUAGCAAUUACGGCCAUUGAAGGGCACGCUGAUCCAAAGAGAAUGAAGGAGGGAGACAUUCCGGAAGGGGUAGACGUCGACUUGGAUGAGUUGAAGCGGUUGGUUUCCCAGGGUACUUUGCUGGUGUUGCCAAAUUCGAAGCAUUUGUUGGUGAGGAAAGAAUUGAAAGCCCCUGCGGAAAAUCCAAAUAGAAAUCCAGGGCAAUUUGAGAGAUGGGUGGGUGAAGAGCCAGUUCGGACGUAUGUGCCUAGGAUGUUGAGACCAUGGGUCAUGGAUUGUGCCCACAAGGAAGCGGUGCAUUUGGGAGAGAAGGUGACCUUAGGUAUUUUACAGAGGGUUUACUGGUGGAUAGGAAUGGCUGAAAGCGUGCGGUGGUGGAUUCGUAGGUGUUAUUCUUGUCAGUUUCGGAAGGUGCCGCGGCAUACGAAGUGUUGGCCGUUAGUGUCUUUGCCUCUUCCGAGCAGACCGGGGCAGAUGGUGUCGUUUGAUUAUUUGGGUCCAUUGCCGAAAACGACGAAAGACAAUGAGUACGUGUUUUUGGUGGUAGAUUUAUUCAGCAGACAUGCCGAGGGGUACCCACUAACGAAGGCGCAGAAAAAUGCGAAGGGUUUUGUGUCUAUCAUGGUGAACGAUUAUAUUGCGAGGUGGGGUUGUCCGCACACCAUGUUGUCAGAUAGAGGAGCAGAGUUUGCGAAUGAGGUAGCGAAAGGGGUGUAUAAGAUGCUGGGAACUGUGAAGAAGUUUACUAGCUCUUAUCAUCCGCAGACGAAUGGGAUGGUGGAACGUUUAAAUCAUACGCUGUGUCAAAUGUUGUCGCACUUGGUUGCGGACGAUCAGGCGAAUUGGGAUGAGAUGUUGCCACACGCGGUAGCGGCACACAACAAUAACGUGAGCCGAGGGACGGGGCUAGCACCAAACGUUGUACACAUUGGAAGGUACCCGAGGUUGCCGAUGACGAUCUUGGAGGGAAGGGGUGUUUCGGGAAAUCAGGGCCUAAAGCAAGACCAAUUGGAUUAUUUGAAUUUGAUGAGGGAUAAGCAAAGGAAGGCGUACGAGUUGGUAAGAGAGCAGGAUAAGAUAACCAAGUCAAAGCAUGAGAAGAGCAAUCAGGUGUUGAACUCGAUAAUAGGGAAGAGGCCGAAGUACAAGGAGGGGGACUGGGUCUUGGUGUAUGAUGAGAAGAGUACAAUUUCUGGUGGGGGGGAACACGUGCUUAAAUCGCGAAUGAACAGUAGGGGGAAAGAAAAAUCGUUCGCGUUGAUCCCGAAGUUAGCACACAAUUGGACCGGGCCGUAUAAGGUGUUGUUUGUGGGUCCAGGGACGGAUCCGGAAGGGGAAAAAGUGGGCCCGAAUAUUUUGUACUUGGACGUGAAUAAGGAUGAGCCAGGGACGAACAUUAAUGAGAGAGUGUCGGUGUAUCGAUGUAAGAAGUGUUAUACUCAGCACGAGAACGAGGAUAGGCCUAGGUUCUUGCCGUGGGGCUUUAGCAAGUAUGUGUUGAAUAAGUUUUCAGAGUUAGCGCCUCCGUUCCACCUUACGGCAGAGGACGUGGAGGAAGAAGUGGAUAGUAGAGAAUUGGUCCCGUGUAAAAUAUCAAGGCACAGGAUUUGUCGAGGUAUAAGUGGGAAGGGGGCGGUUCAGUACUACACGCAUUGGACGGGGUUGGCUAAGUGUACGUGGGAGCAUGAAGUAGAGUUAGAGCAAUAUGGGGACGUGGUACUUAAAUAUUGGAAUGAGCAGCCGGAACAAUCGGCCGGAGGGAACAUUAGGUAUCGGAGGUACCGUAUUCAGGGUGCAAAAAGGACGAUUGCUAGCAGGAAGGGAGAAAGACACGUGCAAAAAGAUUACAAACUUUGUUGUGACAUACGGGGUAGGCCGAGUCUUCGAAGUAAAGCGAUGAUUGGUGCAUAUUUAUACUUCAAGACGGUAAAGGCUGGGUGGCAGUUUGCAAAGGUGGUGCAGUCGAAUACGGGGCAAAAUUAAUGUGUUUGAGCAAUUGUUGUUUUGGCUAAAGAAUGUACCUUGUGAUGGAGCCGUAUUGCAGUGGUACCACGGUCGUGACGAAAUUGAGGUGUGUGUAUUACAUGAGUUGGUUCUGGUGGUUACUGUUCAAACUUGUUGCAAGAGAGUGAUAUUGGUUGUAGGUCAAGCAUUGCACGUUGUGGUCAAGUGUUAAUUCAAACGAGACUGAUCGCAGAUAAGUAUGCGUUGAACCUGGGG